GUUCGUAGUUCGUUUCGUUUUCGGUGGUGUUGUCGUUCGUUCGUUACGCGUUUGUGGUUAUUAAUAAGUAAAUUUACCUGGUUUACUGACUGAAUGUGUAGUGAUUUUUAUGACAAAAUAAUUUAGAAGUUCGCCAACUAUCAUAAUAUUAAUAUUUAUUAUUAUUAUCAUGUAACUUUGAUACAUGUUUUGAAAGCUUUAGUGUCUUGUCCAAGUAUAUUGCAGGACUAGUUAGAGCUUCUGUGAUAACUUAUUUGCUUCAAACAAGUGUGCGGCAUAGUGUGCGUGUGUGUCCAAUAGAACAAGCGACAAUAAUGGAUUAAAUUGUAGCAGACAAAAUGAGGAUUACAACAGUGAAUUGCUUUUCAUAGAAUAUAGCUAAAAGGUGGCAGGAUGGACGGGCUGCGGGCGCUGGACGUGGCGGCCCUGCUCCAGGAGAGGGUGGCGGUCCUGAGUGGUGGUCGGGACCGUAGGGGUGGACCUGUCCUCACCUUUCCCGCCACUCCGCGCCGUGAACGUGCCAAACCCGAGGACUACCGCCGCCUUCUACAGUACCUGCUCGCUAUACCACCAGAGGAGGUACGGGAGAUAGGGUUCACGGUGGUAAUCGACAUGCGAGGUGCAACAUGGUCCACAGUCAAACCGAUCCUGAAGGUCCUGCAGGAACAUUUCCCAGGCUCCGUGCAUGUUGCGUACAUCAUCAAGCCUGACAACUUCUGGCAGAAGCAGCGGACCUCACUUGGAAGUCACAAGUACAAGUUCGAGACCAACAUGAUCAGCGUGGAAGCCCUGCCGAAGAUCAUAGACACUAGUCAACUGACUUCCGAUAUGGAGGGGACUUUACACUAUGACCAUAGUCAAUGGAUAGACAUGAGAUUGGCACUGGAGGAUUUCACGUGGCAGGCUGCCGAUCUACUGGACCGCUUGGAUGAUCUUCAGGAAGAUCUCAGCCGCAGUGAUCUAGGGGAGGAUGUUCCGGGGGCAAAACAUGCCCUUGAUCUCCAUCAAGAUAUGAAGAAAAAAAUCAUGAAGGCUCCAGUCCAUGACAUAGACACCACUGGCCAGAGAUUGCUGCAGAGGUUAUCGGGAGAUAGUAACAGCGGCUAUGACAGUGGAUACUCGGGAAGGGACAGUGAGGCUAGCUCUACCGUCUCCAACCCGGACUUACAAGCCGCAGUGCCUCAGAUCCUACAGAACCUAGAGGCCAUCCGGACUAGUAAAAACCACCUUCUGCAACUGUGGCAUCACAAAAAGUUAAAACUAGACCAGUGCUUCCAACUUAGGCUAUUCGAACAGGACUGUGAAAAGAUGUUUGACUGGAUCUGCCAUAACCGAGAUGUGUUCCUGAUGAACUAUGUGGAGAUUGGCCACUCGUACCAGUUGGCCAAGGAGCUGCAGGAGGAGCACAAUCACUUUACUAUGAGUUCUAUGAGUGUUUAUGUAAACAUAAACAGGAUCCUGGCAGUGGCAUCACGCAUGAUGGAGACGGGCCACUACGCAGCGUCCCACAUUCGUGCAGUGGCAGCCAGAUUGGACCGUGCUUGGAAGGAGUUUGCAGCAGGUCUGGAUGAGCGCACUGCAGUCCUCGCACUCUCUGUACUCUUCCAUCAUAAAGCUGAACAAUAUGUAGAAAAUGUGCCUAAUUGGAGUCAAGCAUGUGAAAACAUGGCAAUUCCAAGUGAAAUAAUUGUGCUAGAAACUGUGAUACAUCAGCAUCAAAACCUUUACGAGUCCAUGUGCCAAGCCUACACAGAGGUUUACAACUCCUACCAGUCGUUACUGAAUGGACUAGAUCUCCUAGUACAGGUGUGUCUCAACUACCCCCAGCCUCCUAGUCGGCCACCAUACAUCCGCUACGGCAACAACAAACUCGCUAGUAUUAACGGUGACGGAGGACAAUCAGACUCCUCUGGUGGCAGCAGACAGACGGGCAACCCUGCCGCAGACUACUCUGAGGGUGCCAGUCAUGUGCUAGCUGUAAUACAUCAGAUACUCAACCAUCACCGAAGUCUCGAGCACCGAUGGCAUUCCAAGAAAAUCAAGCUGCAUCAACGUCUGGCUUUGCGGCUCUUCCAGGAAGAUGUCAAACAGGUGUUGGACUGGCUUGCCAAUCAUGGGGAGGUAUUCCUCAGGAAGAACACUGGAGUCGGGAGGAAUUUGCAAAAGGCGAGAGUAUACCAGAAAAGCCAUGAACAUUUUGAAAAUGUUGCACAGAACACCUACACGAACGCGGAGAAGCUGUUGACGGCCGCCGAGGAGCUCGCUCAGACUGGCGAGUGCAAUGCUGACGAGAUCUACUCGGUAGCGCACGAGCUAGAGAGUCACGUGACCUCCUUUGCCGCCAGAGUCGACCAGAGGCGUCGUCGCCUGGACCUCGCCGUCCACUUCUACACCCAGGAGAAGGAGCUCGAAGGGUGGCUAGAGGAGUUACGCCAGGAGGGCUGCGAUGAGGCGGGAGAUAGCCUGGAGACGGCCGAGAGGCAGUUAGAAGAGUGUGCUCGCCAGAGAGACUCCUGUAUAGACGCCUGUGUUACCACUAUCGGUCAGGGAGAGACGCUGUUGCAGGAGUUGAGGAGUGUUGGUCUGACCAAGGAGAUGGACUCGACAGGUUCUGUGGCUGCUGUGGAGUCUGCUCUGGACCGCCUUAACAAGCAACGGGAAGAACUGGAGGAGUUGUGGGCCACAAGGAAGUUGCGACUAGACCUCUGUCUCAGGCUGAGGCUCUUUGAGAGAGAUGCUCUAGAGGUGUCCUCGCGCCUGGAGCUUUGGUCUGGGGAGCUGGAGCACAGCGAACUGAGCAACGACAUGCAGGAGGCGGAGACGUUGCUGAGGCUUCACAAUGAGAGUGUUACGCACAUGCAGAACACAACAUUCCAGGUGCUCCAGCAGGGACAUGAACUGGCUCAGGUGUUUGAGACGUCAGGAGUGUCGCUGAUGGCUGACAGCCAGUACAGUGCCCAGACCCGGGUCCAGGUAUUGGUGGAGUUCCUACACGAGCGAGAGAUGGACCUCGAGGAUCUGGCAGAGAUGAAGAGAGUCAAGCUUGAGCAGUGUGUACAGCUCUGUCAAUUCCGCGCAGACGCUAACCAGGUGGUCAGUUGGAUUCGUAAUGGAGAAGCCAUGCUCAUGGCCAGUUUCACUGUACCUAGUUGUCUACAGGAAGCUGAACAGUUGAAGAAAGAACAUGAGCAAUUCCAAGUAGCAAUAGAGAAAACACACACGUCGGCGGUACAGGUUAAACAUCGUGCAGAUGCCCUGGUGAAUGCUAAUCACUACGACCCCCAGGGUAUACGAGACAUUAGUGAAGAAGUGACCAAACGUUGGCAGCAGCUGGUGACGUGUGCAGAAGAACGGCACAAACUGGUCACUGCCAGCCUCAACUUCUACAAAACUGCUGAACAGGUCUGCAGCGUGUUGGACAGCCUAGAAAGAGAAUACAAGCGGGAUGAGGACUGGUGCGGUGGCGGCGCCACAAGUGGUACCAACAUCGCACAACUCAUCAACAAGCACCAGGAGCAAAAAGAGGCAUUCCUGAAGGCCUGCACACUUGCACGACGUACGGCGGAGACUUUCCUCAAGUAUACUAGUCGUAGCUUGCAGUACUACAAUUAUUCUGGAGCGGAGGCAGGCUCAGAGAGUCGAGUGAAAGCUAUUACAGACAAGCUGCUGAGCCAGGAGAACAAGGUGUUGGAACACUGGAGUGAACGUAAGAAGAGGCUUGACCAGUGCCAGCAGUUUGUGCUGUUUGAGCGUUCUGCACAGCAAGCUAUGGAAUGGAUCCACGAGACUGGGGAACACUACCUUUCUACUCACACCAGUGUUGGUAACAACCAGGAUGAGACAGAAUCAUUGUUGGCCGAACAUAACGAAUUUAAAGCGACCGCGAAAGAAACGAGAGAACGGGUGAAACUGCUGAUACAGUUGGCCGACGGACUGGUGGAAAAGGGACAUGCACAUGCGGCAGCCAUCAAGCAAUGGGUGGCAGCUGUGGACAACCGAUACAAAGACUUCAGCUCUCGCAUGGAUAAAUACAGAUCCCAACUAGAAGGUACGUUGGGCAUCCAGGCAGAAGCUGAGACCAGGCAAGAGUUAUCGAUCGACCGUAACUCGGACCCUUCCUUAGAAUCUAAAGUAAAAGACUCUACCAAAGACCUAAAAGAACUGAAUGAGGAAAAGAGAAGAUCUGCUAGAAGAAAAGAAUUUAUCAUGGCGGAGCUGCUACAGACAGAAAGGACAUAUGUGAAGGACCUGGACAUAUGUAUUAAGGUUUUUCUGGAAGAAAUGAGAAACCACAACAAUAUCCCUCCUGGCAUUCAGGGGAAGGAGUCCAUUAUCUUUGGCAACAUUGAGGACAUCCGAAAUUUCCACAGGGACGUCUUCCUCAAGGAGCUGGAGAAGUACGAGACAAUGCCUGAAGAUGUUGGUCAUUGUUUUGUUACCUGGGCCUUGAAAUUCGACAUGUAUGUGAAGUAUUGCAAGAACAAGCCUGAGUCCAACUCAUUGCUAGUGCAGCAUGGUGGGACAUGUUUCGAGGAAUUGCAGAAAAAGCAUCGUGUGGAGCACCCGAUAGCAGCAUAUCUGAUCAAACCUGUCCAGAGGAUUACCAAAUACCAGCUGUUGUUGAAGGACUUACAGUCCUGUUGUGAUGAGGGCCAGGGUGAGAUCAAGGACGGUCUAGAAGUGAUGCUUAAUGUUCCUAAAAAGGCUAAUGAUGCCCUGCACCUUUCGCUGCUGGAGGGCUGUGACAUUAGCCUGGAUGAGUUAGGAGAAGUGAUCCUGCAGGAUACCCUCCACGUUUGGGACCCCAAGCAACUAAUCCGGAAGGGCCGGGAGCGACAUUGUUUCCUGUUUGAACUGUACCUGGUGUUCAGCAAAGAGGUCAAAGACUCCAGUGGAAAAGCCAAGUAUAUCUACAAGAACAAGCUAAUGACAUCAGAAUUGGGAGUCACAGAGCAUAUAGAAGGUGAUGAAUGUAAAUUUGCAGUUUGGACAGGCAGAGCUCCCAUUUCAGAUUUUAGAAUUGUUCUAAAGGCAUCCUCCCUGGACAGCAAACAGCAUUGGGUGAAGAAGUUACGGGAGGUAAUACAGGAAACAUACUUCAGCUCAGCUCUACCCCUUAGCCUGCCCAAGAGUCCAGCGAAACUGAAAGCGGGCAGUCAGCGGUCAAGCAGAGAUUUGGAAGACUCUACCUCACUGGACGAGAGUGUUGAAAACUUAGAUCGGGGAUCUCUUGCCUCGUUUGGGUCUGGCAAUACAACCGACUCGGACAAGACUGGAGGUGUGGAGAUGACUUGGGUGAUCGCGGACCAUGUGGCCGGGGGCGCUGCAGAACUGUCGGUGACCAAGGGGCAGCAGGUGGAGGUAGUGGAGGUCAGGCCUGGGGACCCUGGAGGGGAAUGGUGCCUUGUGCGCAUGCCCACUUCCGGCAGUGCCGUAGACUCGCCGCCGGAAGGGUUGGUACCCUUGGCGGUCCUCAAGCAGCCUCCCCCUGGUUGCCUAAAGAGCUCUGGAGCCUCCGCCACUUCCACCUCGCCCAACAGGCGGACCGCCGACCACGAUCUCGAACCAGGGCCUAGUGAGGGGAGCAGCACUGUCACGACCAACUCUCCUGUGAACAAGCGAAGAGUCUUCAGUGGGAGGAAAUGGCUGCCUCCUCCCCUCCGCAAGCUGAGUGGAGGAAAGGUGGAGAAGAACGCAACACCCGACCGAACACCACUCAAGAAGACACCUUCAGAUAAGAGAAUAAAGUCACCAGCCAGUGAGAUGGGCAACAAACAGGGUCAAUUGGUGAGUGGAGUGGCAGUGGGGGCUGGGGCAGAAGGUACCGAGGAGGAAGCAGGCCGUGAGAAUGGAGAGGAGGUUGAGGAAGAAGUGGAGCUUCCACCACCUAUGAAACCUAUCAAUGAACCCAUCCUUGUACCCAACGACGACACCCAGGGCCAAAGAUCAUCCAAUCUUUCAUUAGAGGGUGCCACGUCUGCAGAUCUCGCAGAAAUAGAACAAAUCGUCAAAGAAAGAAUGGAGCAGCACAGUGAGAAGCAGUCGAAGCUGAGUGUGUCAGAUGCGACAGAGUGUGAGGAGGAUACUGCAAUACAGAAACGGGAGUAUGUGAUACGUGAGCUGGUGGAGACGGAGCGAGACUAUGUGCGAGACUUGCGGCUUGUUGCAGAAGGCUAUAUUGCACUCAUGCGCGAUCCUGACUGUGAUGUUCCCAUGCCUGAGACGCUGCAAGCGAGGUACAAGAUGGUCUUCUGCAAUCUCGAAGCUAUCUACGAGUGGCAUAGAGAUUUCUUCCUGAAAGCACUGGAAAGAUGUAUCCAGCACCCAGAGGAGCUAGGUCCAUUGUUCAAACGUUAUGAGAGGAAACUGCACAUGUAUGUGGUCUACUGUCAAAACAAGCCUGUCUCGGAGUACAUUGUCUCAGAAUACAUUGACACAUAUUUUGAGGAGCUGAGGCAGAAGCUCGGUCAUAAGUUGCAGCUGUGUGACCUGCUCAUCAAGCCUGUACAGCGGAUCAUGAAGUACCAGCUGCUGUUGAGGGAUCUGUACAAGUAUACAGAGCGAGCACAUCUCACUGGAGAGAUAGAGGCUUUACGCCAGGCCACCCACAUCAUGCAGGUGGUGCCCAAGAUGGCCAACGAUAUGAUGGACGUCGGCAGGCUGCAGGGUUUUGAUGGAAAGAUAACGGGUCAAGGGAAACUGUUACUUCACGGACCUUUGGUAUGCUGUGAAGGUACGUCAGGAGUGAGCUUCAAGGGCAAAGAGCUGCAAGUGUUCCUGUUCGAACAAAACAUCAUAUUUAGUGAAGCUUUGGGAAAAAAGACUCAGUUCACCAAUCCUGCAUAUGUUUACAAAAACCAUAUUCAGGUGAACAAAAUGAGUUUGGAGGAGAAGGUGGAAGGGAGGGAGGAAAAGGAAGGGGGAGGAGUGGACUUGUUCUGUGUGCGGAGUACAGACCCGCGUAAACCGUCCCUAGCGUAUGUGUGUCAGGCGAUGACGGGGGAGUCAAGAGCUGAAUGGCUGCACAACCUGCGCUCAAUCCUGCAGACACAGAGAGACUUCCUCAAGGCCAUCCAGUCGCCUAUUGCCUACCAGAAGGAGCUCACAAAGGAUCCCUUCGCUCAGAGUCCCCCCUUGCGUCCCCCAAGUCCGCCAUUACACGAGGAGUGUCCGAUGAUUGUCAGUGAACCUCUCUCCGCUAAAAUCAAACACCAAAGCAACUUUCUGGAAGGUUUCCGAAACACCCUGAGGCGGGCUAAGAGUGAAGCUCCCGAAGUAGAGGGUAGUGUGGGCCACGUGAGACGGUGGUCGGACGCGCACCCGCCGAACGCACUGACGGAGAGUGAGAGUGACUUAGUGCGCGUGGUCAGCCAGCAGAGUGUGCUAGUGUCUAUGAGCGGUGCUGAGAGCGUGGAGUGCUGUGACCAUGAGACGGGGGUAUGGCAGAAGGUUGAGACGCUACGGAGUCCGAGUGGCCAUCUAGUCCCUGACCUCGCUCCCGGCCACACAUACAGCUUCCGUCUGGACGGAAGUAGCCGUACUUCCACUAUCACUAUUCCCCACGACACCCCUUGGCAGCAGGAGCAGUUCCAGCGGAGAUAUCAGGAGUUACAUAUAAUCGGAGGAGGGAGGACAGCUGUGGUGAAACAGGCCCAGGACAGAGGCACAGGCCAAGCUGUGGCACUCAAGGUGGUGGACAGACGCAGGAUACCACAGCGGGUGACGCGAGCCGAGUACAACUUCCUCACGGCUCUCAGUCACUGUGGGAUACUGCGGGGCCUUGCAAUGUUCGAGAACGCUCCUUCACCAGGGGUGGACACUAUAGUAAUGGAGCUGCUGCAAGGGAUGGAUGUGCUGAGCCACGCUUGUUCGCUGAGCUCUGUCUCUGAGUCUCAUGUCCGGCGAGUAGCCUCUCAACUUCUGAGUGCCCUUGACUACUUGCAGCUCCAGCAAAUUGUCCACUGUGAUAUCAAGCCCGACAACCUAUUCAUUGAAAGCCACAACAAUCAGAUCCAACUGAAGAUCGUUGACUUUGGCUCGGCCUGCACGGUCAGUCCAGGAACGGUUAACAGCCAGCCUUAUCUUACACCAGAUCUGGAAUUUGCUGCUCCAGAACUGCUCUCAGGACCCUCCCCCUGCCUGUCCACCGACGUUUGGAGCUGUGCAGUUCUCAUUUAUGUUCUUGUGAGCGGCGUGUCCCCAUUCCUCGACGAGUCUCCAGAGGAAACCACCACUCAUGUUCUCAAUGCAGACUUCAGUUUCCCACCGGAUCUAUUUCCCUCAGGCUCAACAGGGACCCAGGAGUUUGUUUCCAGUCUGCUAGUCCGAGAGCCCACAUUGCGGCCGCUUGCUCACUUAGCUCUCUCUCACCCCUGGCUCCAGCUGGUUACAUCAAACUAUGAUGUUCCUGUGACGCACCUAGCAUCGUUUAUCAGCAGAAAGAAACCUCAAUCAAUUACCAAAAACUUUGUUCUCUAAGACACCCUCAUUCUCCAACUCUGUAUAUUUUGUACGAUUAUGUAAUUAUUUGUAUGUCUUGUAAUAAAACAUGUAAUAUUGUAUUUAAUAGUAAACAAAUGUAAUAUGA